AUAAACUCAAAACACAUCAUCAUAACUUGAUAUUAUUUAUCAUUUCACCAGAAUGGGCUAUUUAGCAAAUGCCCUUCCUUUCCUUCUCCUCUCGAGCCUCUUCAUCUCCACUGAUGCAGCUGUCUUCACAAUCAGCAACAACUGCCCCUACACGGUCUGGGCAGCUGCCACACCAGGUGGCGGUGUCCAACUUAACCGCGGCCAAGCAUGGACCAUAAACGUGGCUCCUGGCACGGCCAUGGCCCGCAUUUGGGGUAGGACCAAUUGCAACUUCGAUGGUAGCGGUAGAGGUAGAUGCGAAACCGGUGACUGUGGUGGUGUCCUCCAAUGCACCGGUUGGGGAGUCCCACCCAACACCCUAGCCGAAUAUGCCCUAAAUCAAUUUAAUAACCUGGAUUUCUUUGACAUCUCUCUAGUUGAUGGAUUUAAUAUUCCCAUUCAGUUUAGCCCCACCAGGAACCCUAUUGAUAAAUGCCAUCCGAUUUCAUGCACAGCCGACAUUAACGGGCAAUGCCCGGAUGUGUUGAGGGCCCCAGGCGGAUGUAAUAAUCCUUGCACGGUUUUUCAGACACCCGAAUAUUGUUGCACCAGUGGGCCGUGUUCGCCAACCAAUUACUCAAUGUUUUUCAAGAAAAACUGUCCAGACGCAUAUAGCUAUCCUCAAGAUGAUGCCUCAAGCACAUUUACUUGCCCCGGUGGGACUACGGACUAUAAUGUUGUGUUUUGCCCAUUAGGUUCUCCACAUUUCCCUUUGCCAAUCAAUGGAAGUAGUAAUAAUGUAGAGUCUGCUUAAGUUUUAUUUAAACUACGUGAAAUAAAGGCGUGUAUGAACCUGUAAUUUAAUAAUAACUCGUUUGGUUCACUAGUUAUGUACUGGUUCACUGAAAAUUAUUAUUAAGAAAUUAAUAGAAUCAAACGUUAUCUUA